GAAGCAGCAGAGUAAACUAAAACAGAACUCGUGCUCCAUUUCUGAGACAAACUGAGCGGUAACCUUCUGAACACACUGAUUUGCUUUUCUCCCAUGACUCUUCUGAUUGCCUUGGGCAGGUCAUACUGGAGCUAACUUGGUGUCCCCAGGCAGAUUUGGACCUGAGUGCACUUCCAGAGCAGAAGGCAUAGAUCUACACUUUUACUGCACAGACUUGGAGUCUUAAAUGUUUUCUGAUUAGAACUAGUUACUACCACCUUAUCUUGAUUGUAAAUUUAGGACUUCAAAAUGAAUUAUUUUAAAAGCCAAAAACGGCUUGCUGAUGUUUAUAAAGAAAAAAGCACAUUGCUAACAUCCAAUAUAGGGUGUCUCCCAGUUUAUAAAGUUCCCCUGACGGAACAACAAAUCAAUGUUGAUGGGUGCAAGCAAUUCUGUUUUGGGAAGGAGUCCUUUAAACCUAAUCGCACCAUAAUGGUUCUUGGAGCAACUGGGGCUGGGAAGUCAACUCUCAUCAAUGGGAUGAUCAAUUACAUUCUAGGUGUCAACUGGGAGGAUUCAUAUCGGUUUAAGUUAGUUGACGAGGGUCACUUGAAAUCACAAGCUGAAAGUCAGACUUCUGAAGUCACUGUGUACAAACUCAACCAUCAGAAUGAUUUUAAAGUAGAUUGCUCACUGACCAUUGUUGACACUCCAGGCUUUGGAGAUACAAGAGGCAUAAAAAGAGACCAGAUGAUCACAGAACAGCUACGUAAUCUCUUCUCUGCUGAUUGUGGUGUCAGUGAAAUUGACGCUGUGUGUUUUGUAGCUCAGGCUGCUUUAGCACGACUCACACCAUCACAGAAAUAUGUGUUUGAUUCUGUGCUCUCAAUCUUUGGCAAAGAUGUGGCAGAAAACAUCCGGGUUCUGGUGACAUUCGCAGACGGCCAGCUACCACCAGUUAUAGAGGCAAUCAAUGCUUCAGGUGUUCCAUGUCCUAAAACAAAAGACGGGCUGCCAAUUCACUUCAAAUUCAAUAAUUCGGCAUUGUUUGCAAACAACAAAUCAUCUGCAGCAGACAGUAUGAGUGGAGAUGAUGAAGAUGAAGGAGGCUUUGAUAAGAUGUUUUGGAACAUGGGAAUAAAAAGCAUGAAAAAAUUCUUUUUUGCUAUAAAUAAACUAGAAACCAAAAGCUUAAAAAUGACAAAAGAGGUCCUCAGAGAAAGAAAGCAGCUUGAGAAUUCAGUUGAAAAUGUGCAGAAGCAGGUCAAACUUGGGUUAGCCAAGCUUGAGGAGAUAAACGAGACAACAGGAAAACUUAAAGAGCAUGAGGGAGAAAUCAGCAGAAAUGAAAACUUUGAGUUUUAUGUCAAUGUCAAAAAGCCAGUUCAAAAUGAUAUUUCUGGAACAGGAAGUUUCAUAACCAACUGUCAGCAGUGCCAUGUCACCUGUCACUUUCCUUGUGGAAUCCCAAAUGAUGAAGAUAAAGCAGGCUGCUGCGCAAUGGGAACAGAUGGAUACUGUACUGAGUGUCCAAAUAAAUGUCAUUGGGGAGUACAUUACAAUCAGAAGUACAGAUGGGACUAUGAGGAAGUUCAAGAAAAACGAACAGUGCAAGAGCUGAAAGAAAAGUACCAAAAUGCCACAAAGGCUAAAAUAACUGUUAAGGAAUUGGUUGAUGAGCUGAAGGCUGACUAUAAGAAAGUGCAGGCUAAUGUGGUGGAACUGAUGGAGAGGUCUUCUAAGUGUUUAAACAGACUUAAAGAGAUAGCACUGAAGCCUGAUCCUCUCUCCACUACAGACUACAUUGACAUGCUUAUUGAAGGAGAGAAAUCUGAGGCCAAGCUAGGCUGGAAGGAACGUGUUGAGUCCUUGAAAGACAUGAGACAUAAAGCAGAGGUAUUGGCUAAAGCAGUCAGAGGAGAGAAAAUCCUCCAUCGUCAAGAAUCGCAAAUCUAGGGUGAAAAAGUUUAUACUGUGUCGACACGACACUCAAAACUGUGUGCUGUGCUAUCUAUACACUUUCCAACUGCGAUCACAUGCUUCAGCUCUAAUCAAACCGUUACUAAAGGAAAGGCAUGUGUUAUUUUCAUUAUUUUUGUGUGUUGUAAAAUGACAUUAAAAAACAUUGACAUUUUAUUGAAAGACAGAAAUCUGAGGCCAAGCCUUGGUGGAGGCAAUCAGUUUGGUAUAUAUGGUUAGUAUUUAUAGUCAAAACAAAAAGCAGAGUAUAUGUCUUAUUACUAAGCCUGAGAUUAAAAUUACUUUGACCAAGGAAAUAUCAGGCAUAAAGUUAUUUAUGCGUUUCUUUUGUAAAAACCUAUUUCUGCAAAUGUAUUCCUGACAUUAUGUGCUGUUUGCCAAAAACAAGCACAGAUUAACGUGUGGUGAUACAUUUUAAGUGUCACAUUGUGUGCUGGAACCAUUGACUUUCUAUCACUAUCACCACCAUUUGUAAAAGUCUGCAGCUCUUUCAAAUCUUUCUUCUAGUUUUUUAAAGCACAUUUAAAACCUUUUUGUUUAAUGAUCACUUCUUCACACCCAACUCAUAGCUUCAUACAGAUAACUUGUCUUUGUUGUGUUGUUUGUUGUUGUGUUUCCUUGCCUUCCUUCUAUGUAAAGCGACCUUGGGUUUGAGAAAGACGCUUUAUAAAAUAAAAAUAUUAUUAUUA